AUGGCAAGUUGGCCGCCGGCAACUGCCCCUUCUUAUAUAUUAUCUGCAAGUGAUUCCAGUCCUCAGCCGCCGGCAACUACCCCUCCUUCUGUAUCACCUGCAAGUGAUUCCAGUCCUCCGCCGCCGGCAACUGCCCCUUCUUCUGCAAGUUAUUCCAGUCCUCUUUCUCCGCCUUCGGAGGCAGAUGGUGGAGGAAGUCAAUCAACACCGGAGUCAGUUGGUGGAGGGUCAUCAUCGGGAACAUCGACAGGGGCAGUUGUGGGAAUUGUUAUUGGUGGUGUUGUAAUACUGUUAGUGUUGAGUUUGUUGUUUGUAUUUUGCAAGAAGAAGAAUAAGAGGAGAAAUCAUCAAGAUUACUAUGUUCCACCACCACCACAAGGAGUCAAAGCUGACCAGUAUGGUGGGCCUAUGCAACAUUGGCAGCAAAUUGCUCCACCUCCAGCAGAUCAUCUUGUUACAAUUCCGCUUAAACCGUUACCUCCGCCACCUUCACAUGCUCCACCACGUGCACCUUCACCCCAGCCUCCAUCUUACAUGAACAGCAGUGGAGCAUCUUCAAACUAUUCUGGGUCCGAAGUUGGGCCUUCUCCGGCCGUGUCCUUAGGUUUCUCCUCACAGAGCACGUUCACGUACGAGGAAUUGGUUCAGGCAACUGAUGGCUUCUCAGAUGCUAACCUUCUCGGACAAGGUGGUUUUGGAUAUGUGCACAAAGAGUCCUUCCCUAAUGGGAAAGAGGUUGCAGUUAAACAGCUUAAGGCUGGGAGGCGGACAAGGUGAACGUGAAUUUCAGGCGGAAGUUGAGAUUAUUAGCCGAGUACAUCACAAGCAUCUUGUGUCUCUCGUUGGAUACUGCAUUACUGGUGCUCAAAGAUUGCUCGUUUUAUGAGUUUGUUCCAAACAAUACUUUGGAAUUUC